AUGACUUCCAUUGACAAGACAGGCUGUCAGCUAUGCGGCGUUACGUUCAAUAUUAAUCGCAUCAGGACUCGCAGCGAGCCUCGCAGCUCUGCGUGGGGAAAUUCUUAUACUAGCAAGCAUAACAGUCGGGAAUGGGUUGCGCUCUCGGGUGGCGAUGCGCAGGAAUGUCCAGAUGGCAGUUGUGCUUCUGUCUACCGAGGGAGACCGCCUGGGGAGCUGAAGUUUUGUCUGCGCUUGUAUGAGGACGAUCCGGAUGAUGCUUCGUAUGUGUAUGAGAGCGACGAGGACGAUGAACCUUUGGAGUACGACUCGAAUGCUGAGGAUGAUGGCGUCGAUGAGAUGACUGAGGAAGACAACGAGACGAGCUCGUCUCAAUCUCAAGAAUCAGAUACGGAGGAAGAGUAUAAAUGGUUUUUCAACGCUACUGGACUCGAUCCGCAGCCAGAGUACGAUACCGAGUUCUUGCCGCUCUCCGCGCCAUACGACGACGAAGGCGGUGCGGAAGACGAAGAUAUAGGAGUUGAUCAUCACAUCAUGGCGCUCCCAACAGCUCGCAGAUACGAACACAUCGCUGGCCCGGGCUGCUGUAAUCUUCGGGGCUACCAUGGAGACAGGAUUACUCUCGACGAAAUGAUAGAUUGCCAUACAGUGCAGGGGCUCUACAAGAAGACGAGCGAUUGGGAGCCGAGUGAUGACGACAUGGACUUUGAGAGAGAGUCAAAGAAUUACCAUCUUACGGGGCUAUCAGACUGCAUGCCUCCGAAUGGAGGAGAUGUGAAGUGCGCACCGAUUCGUGGUGGAGCAGACUGGUUCCAUGCGUCCAACCUCAGCGAUACAUGGAAAGAUCUCUUUGGAUGGGGAACUUAUGUGCUUCCAUUUCACCCUACCUGCUUUGAGAUAUUCAUCAGGAUAAGCAAGCAGCAGAUGGGUAGGGUUAGCCUCGAUUCAUUGAUGAAGCUCGAGAGUACUGCAUCCCGUAGCAUGUUUGGCGAACGGCAUCCCGACAUUGUGGAUGCGAGAAACAAGGGCUGGAAGUGGGCUUGUUUGCUUGAUGCGGAGUACUUGGCCGCCAAUCCCGUCUUCAUCUCCGGCUUCAGGGAGAUUUGCGAUGCGGCUAUUUCUGACGCGGAGGAUUUCGAUAGCCAGAGCAGUCCGUUUCCAGAGCGGCCUGAGAAGCAAGAUGUUUCCGCAGUGCAAGACGACCCGUUUCUGAAGCUACCAACGGAGCUUAAGCAUACGAUUGCUUGGCAUCUCGGCUCAAAGGAUAUAGCGUCGCUGCGGAUGGCAUCUCGGGCAUUCUAUCAUCUACCCAUGACUUUGUGGCAUACGUUGAUGGUCCGAGAGAUGCCGUGGGUGUACGAAGCCUGGUGUGAUGACCCUAUGCCGUACCCCUGGGCCAUGGCAGACGCUUCUUACCUAAAGCAGAUGCGGGAGCGGGAAGAAGCGUACACGGCCGAGCGAACCCGGCGAGCAGACGUUCUAAAGGCCAACGAACCUGACUUCUAUCCCAUAUGGGAAGAGAACGAGCCUAAAUCUCCGCCACUGUCGCCUGAAUUGGAAGCCCAGACAAGGCUAUUUAAAGAAAAGAAGCGAGCUAUGGCUCCUGUGAGACUGCCGCGAGAUAGGACGAAUUGGUACCAGCUGUAUACGGACAUUAAAGCAAACGAGGAUAAGUUGAAGGGACUGCGCAAUAGGAAGAGGAUAUGGGGGACUGUAGGCGAGAUUGUGCAGAAUGUUAAGAAGUGCUGGGAGGCGGAGUUGGUUGAGAUUAACACGCCGUUUGCUAUAAUGGAGGUUGAUGGUUGA